GGUUUUUGCAGUGAAAGAGAUAGAUGGAAGAAAAGAGGCGCUCGUGAUCGCCGAUCAAUCACAGACGAUUACUCAGAUCCAGAUGAGGAGCAGCAGUACGGUGAUCAGAAAACAAUAUUGGUAACAAAAAAUGAAACAAAGGAAAGUAUAAGUCUUUAUCAAGCCGAUGUUGAUACGGAAAUACAUAAAAUUAAUGUAACAACGCGAAAUCUCACGAUUGUUGAUUUACGUCACUACACUCAGUAUCAAAUAUGGGUAAGUAAUAAUAUGGGUAAAACGUCGUACGAUCUGGUUGACAACAGAACAAUUGAAGUGAUUAAUGCAACGAUAUCGAAGGAUGAUGCGCGAAGCCGUAAGAUAACAUGGAAAGAGCCACUACAGCCAAAUGGCAUCGUUCUGGCCUACCGAGUUACUGUGGUGGCCGAAGAUCAGGCACAGGUUUGCCACUGCUUACGAACUGGAUUAUGUGAGGCAAUAUCUGCGUUUAUUGAAACCUGUACACUUUUGCGGUUUUAG